UGAGUGGAAAUAACACUGACACUGUAGCAGCUGUCCAAUUUUUGCAUUAUCAUGACAAAACAAGUUCAGAUCAAUGCUUUAAACUCGUUGAUGCACACUGGAACUAUGCAACGAAUCUUACGGAGGAAAACAAAAAGAAACAGCUGGAACAGACCCUGGAAUAUUCUCUGUUCCACAAAGAGGCUUGGAGGAACGCCACUUCGUUUGCUUGGAAAUCCUUCAACGACACUCUUCUCCGGAGAUGGUUCAAGAGCCUGUCCGUUCUAGGCACAGCGGCGCUACCGGAAGAGAAACUCAACGAGUUCAACCGGCUGAAAGCCGAAAUGAAAAACACGUACAGCACGGCCAAAAUUUGCCCUUAUGUUCCCCCAGAAGGUGAAAAAGAAAGAAGCUUAGUAAAACAGAAAGACUGCAAUUUGACAUUAGAACCAGAUCUGUAUAGGAUCCUUACGAAGUCAAGAAACUACAAUGAACUGGUUCACGUUUGGAAGAGUUUCCGGGAGGCCGCUGGUAAACCUAUCCGAGAAAAGUAUCUCCGAUUUGUUGAUCUCAGCAACGAAGCAGCUAGAUUAAAUGGUUUCUCCGAUACGGGGGACAUGUGGCGAGAGGCUUACGAGAGCGAGACUUUCGAGAUGGACUUGGAGAACUUGUGGCAGCAGCUGCGGCCCCUUUACGAGCACCUUCACGCCUACGUCAGGCGAAGACUUAUCCGAGAGUACGGAAGCGACAAAAUAAGGGAAGAUGGGCCCAUCCCUGCGCAUCUCUUUGGUAACAUGUGGGCUCAGUCGUGGGUUUCUUUGUUGGACAUCACGCAGCCGUUCCCUGGAAAACCUUCUGUGGAUGUCACGCCCGUCAUGGAGGCGAAGAAUCUCACUGCCCUGGAAAUGUUUAAGAUGUCUGAAGAGUUUUUUACAUCUCUUGGACUGAAAGAAAUGCCUGAAGAGUUCUGGAAACGAUCUCUGAUAGAAAAACCAAAGGAUCGGGAGAUAAUUUGCCACGCUUCUGCCUGGGAUUUCUGCAAUGGAAAAGAUUAUAGAAUCAAGCAGUGCACCGAUAUCACGAUGGAAGAUUUGAUCACAGUUCAUCAUGAAAUGGGACACAUUCAAUAUUUCCUUCAGUAUGCACGCCAACCAAAUGUUUUCCGAGAGGGAGCUAAUCCAGGUUUUCAUGAGGCAAUUGGUGAUGUGCUCGCUCUUUCUGUGUCUACUCCAAAACAUCUACAGUCCAUUGGCUUGUUGGAUGAAGUAGCAGAUGAUCCAGAGGGAGACCUCAACUUCUUACUUCGUACUGCUUUGGACAAAGUAUCAUUCUUGCCAUCUGGAUAUUUGAUUGAUCUGUGGCGUUGGGGACUCUUCAGUGGGGACAUUAAGCCGGAAGAAAUGAACACUAAAUGGUGGGACCUCAGACUGAAGUACCAAGGUAUUUGCCCACCAGUAAAGAGAACAGACACUGAUUUUGAUCCAGGAGCAAAAUACCACGUUCCAGGCAAUGUUCCAUACAUAAGGUAUUUCGUGAGUUUUAUAGUCCAGUUUCAGUUCCAUAAAGUGUUGUGUGACGCUGCUGGUCACGAAGGUCCUCUCUACAAGUGUGAUAUCUACCGCUCCAUAGAAGCCGGACAAAUACUCAGUCAAGUGAUGGAAUUGGGCAGUUCUGAGCACUGGUCAGAAGCUAUGAAAAUCAUGACUGGCGGAGCUACGAACAAAAUGGAUGCAGGACCAGUUCUGGAAUAUUUCGCACCACUGCUUGACUACCUGCAAGAACAGAACAAAAAUGAGUUCAUUGGAUGGAAAUCAAACGAUUCCACGAUCUGUCCUUAGUUCGUAGACAUAGAAGUUAAAAUUAAAACAUUUAUUGGUGCAGUUUGCUGCUUAAUGGCCAUUGGUUGAGGUUGUUAAAAAAUUAUCAACUCGUAACUCGUAGUAUCAAACAUACAGGAUAAAAUUAGUGAUAUUUCCACUCUAGUAUUUGAAAGAGAAAAAUUUUGGGACGGUAAAUGCCAGCCUAGGAGUCUCACAACAAA